AUGACUUGGAAAAAGAAAAGGCGAGGUGGAAACAAGAAAAGUCGCCAGGAGGCGCCGCGAGAAAGAGAUAAUACUAAAAGUCUCUUUGAUGAUAUUGUUAGAGAGAAUGUAAAUUUUGAAAGGUUUUACAAGGCUCAAAAUAUUAUACCUGAAACAGAAUGGGAGAAGUUUAUGGAAGUAAAUAAAACUACUCUUCCUACUUCUUUUCGUAUUACCGGGAGUCGAAGUAAUGCAUUUGAAUUACGUAAUUUAAUGGUAAAUGUUCACGUUCCAGAAUUGAAUAAAAUUCAAUUUGGUAGUGAUAAUAGAUCUGAAGCUCCGAGGCCUUUACUUUGGUAUCCGGAUGGACUUGGGUGGCAACACUCCGCACCAAGGAAUACAAUUAAAAAAAGUAUUGUUUUUCAAAAUUUUCAUAAAUGGUUGGUUGCAGAAACUGAAGUGGGAAAUAUUAAUCGUCAGGAGGCGGUUAGUAUGAUACCACCUUUGCUCCUAGAUGUUAAACCUGGCCACUGGGUGCUUGAUAUGUGUGCUGCUCCAGGAUCAAAAGAUCGGAAGAGCACAC